UCCUCUCCAACGAGAGCAGCAGCAGCAGCCAGGCGCGCGCUCGACGCUCCCAACGUCUCGUGGCAACGAGUCGGGCGUUACAGAGAGAGAGAGAGAGAGAGAGAGAGAGAGAGCUCUAGGAGGUCACAUUGCGCGCCUGCGUGCCUGCCUCGACCGUCGAGCGUUACGGCCAUGGCGACCAGCACCUCGUGGGCGGAGCGGCUGGGCGCGCACCCCGUCGGGCUGAGGGGCGCGGCGCUGAGCUGCAAGGCGCGGGCCGAGGGGCGGCCCGCGCUGGCCUUCCCGGCGGCUCGGGAAUUCAAGCAGGCCGGCGCCAGGGCGAGCGCGGGGCCCGCGCGGGAGGCGGUGAAAUUGGCGGCGUCGAGCCUGGCCGCGUUCGGGCUCUCGGCGCUGCUGCAGUUUGCGCCGCUGGGCGCGCCCUCGGCGCUGGCCAACGAGUCGACGGUGCUGAAUUUCGGGCCGCCCAAGGACGGCUAUGUCGUGGACGACGCGGCCGUGCUGAAUCGCGUGACCAAGGCCGAGCUCAAAGCGGUUCUCAAGGAGCUCGAGGACACCGACGGCUUCCACAUCGACAUGAUCACUCUGCGCAAGCUGACGAGCAAGGCGGACGCCUUCGAAUUCGCCGACGCCGUGCUCGAGAAGUGGUACCCGACUAUCGAGGAAGGCAACAAGAAAGGAAUCGUGCUGCUGGUGACCACUCAAAAGGAGGGCGCCGUGACGGGCGGCCCCGCCUUCGUCAAGGCCGUGGGCGACCAGGUUCUGGAGGCCGUGACCACCGAGAAUCUGCCCGUCUUGGCCGUGGAUGAGAAAUACAACGAGUCGUUCAGCAGCACCGCCAAGCGACUGAUCGCUGCGAUCCGAGGCUUGCCCGACAUUCCGGGGCCCAAGUUCGAGGAGUCCAAGAGGGAGUCCAAUUUCAAGACCAAGGAGGAGACCGCGGAGAAGAGGGGCCAAUUCUCCGCCGUCGUCGGUGGUCUUCUCGUCAUCGCCUUCGUCGUUCCAAUGGCUCAAUACUACGCCUACGUCUCGAAGAAGUGAGGAAGCCCUGUACACUAGAUUUUCCACCUCGGUAGCUGCCGCCACUUUUUUGAUGCCAAGACUUCUGAUGCCGACGGUACCUUCUGUUUUUUACGUUACGAGUUUCAUGUACCAUUCUACCUAAUUAGACAUUUGACGACUAUUCCGGACCCCUUCUCGCGGGUGCUUCGCAUUGUACCUCUUCCAUUGAAUGAACUCAGGAAUCGAGAAAAUAUGCAAGAGUACUCCUGAUACUCAUCUGGACCUUAAAUAUUCUUACUUGUAUUCCCCUCAAGCUAUAUUCUGUGUUCUGUCUGUAUCUUAUGUCGGAGACGGAAACUCCUUUUGUCCCCUCACUUCUCCGAAUCCGUCCGGUCCACCCCUCCUCGUCCACAUUCUUACGGACUAUCUCCUGGCCGUAUCACACGAAUGAAACAAAUGUCCUCAAAUACUUCCUAAAUGCUGUACCUUCACGGUAAUUAGAGAACCUAGCAUGCUUGUCCUGUUUAAAUCGCAAUCCUCAUACGUAGCUGCGACUGACCUCACACGUGGC